AUGGGCUGGAUUGGGAAAAUGGCCCAUCUUGUUCGAAGGCCUUCCCUUUUUUUUUGGGAUUGCAUGAUUGAGCCUGUCUUCACACGUAUUCCAGGUGGUCAUCCCUGUUCGCGCUCAACAUCUUCCGGUAGUUUUUCUGGUUGCGGGUAUAACGAAUUUGAUCAGCCCAUAUGCAGAGUAUGCAAUAUUACGCUAAAGUCUGAAGCACUUUGGCUUGCACACCAAGUGUCACGGAAGCAUCAUGAAGCAAAAGCCGCCGCUGCUGCUAAGGCUGCAACAGGUGCAGGAUCUAGAGGCAACAGUGCCAAGCAAGAGCAACCAUUGGAGCCUCAGAAACAAAAAUCUUCCACACUACCUACCAAUUUUUUUGAUAACCAGGGAACUAAAAGGCAAAGUGAUGAUACUGGUUCUGAGGGAAGGUCUGUGCGCCAUGAAGUUGCUGUUAUUCAACCGAAGACCAUAGAAGCAAGUACCGGUAAAUCAUCUGUUAGGAUGGAUCAAAUGUCAAAGAAAGGGAGUCAAAACAAUACCAGUGUCAAAGGAACCCUUCCAGGGAAUUUUUUUGACUAUGGAGAAGAAGAUGAAGCUCCAGCUCCAGUUCCAAAAGAGCUUAGUACAACUCAAAAUGUUGCCACUUCCAUUCACACAAAGGUGAAAGGCGUCCCUGAUGGCUUCUUUGAUCACAAGAAAACUGGCAGUGGCAUGCAACCCAAUGAACCAAGUUCAGAAACUGCUCAAGCAAAAGGAUCGUUGCCUGAAGGUUUCUUUGAUAACAAAGAUGCAGAUCUCCGUGCACGCGGUAUCCAACCUCAAAAAGUUGACAUGAAUGAUGCAUACAAAGAAUUCGAGAAGGAAAUUCAGGAGGAUUUGCAGGAAGUUGAUGACCGCCUUGAAGAAGAGGAGAUUGAUGCUGCUGCUGAGAGGGAGGAGUACUUGUCUCUCGAGCAACAGGAGUACAGGCAGCAAGUUGAUAUGUUGAAGAAACAGCUAGUUGAGUCGAGAGCCGCCCGUACCGCUAAAUUAAAUAGCAAACCUAUCGGUAUGGAUGCUGAGUCCAGCAGCAGCGACUCAUCGAGCGAUAAAGAGGAUGACAACACAGAUUUUGCUGUUGAUUGGAGAGCACAGCAUUUGAAAUGA